AUGGCUGACAGGAACCAACCGCAGCCGGAUCCACGGCAACGCGUUCAACAUCCCUUGCGAUCAGCGUCCCAUUCCUACAAUCAGUAUCACGACCCUAAUCAGGAUCUCUUCUGGCCCGAGCCUGUUGAACAAUUGACUGUCGAAGGCACUGCUCAAAUUGAGCCCGAGCGGCUGCCUCGGUCGGAUCCCUCAACGCAACCUCAAUCCAGUCCCUCGCCGCAACCCCAACCGGAUCCCUCGUCGCAGUCUCAACCGAACCCUCCGACGCCUCGACAAGAUGUGGUCAAGAGACGCCCCGUCCUGCCCAUGAUAUCUCACAGCGCGCCUCCGCCGAUCGACGCAGGCGACAAGACCGUUCUCUCACCCAUCAUCCCGUCGCCACUGCGCAUCCGCCGACCCAAAGUACCCUCACCCCAACCACCCCCUACUGCGAUGCGAUCAGUGCGCCUUCUGAUCGCCUCAUUGGGCAACCCGCCGCCAUACCACUCCACACGCCAUUCCGUAGGGCACAUCGUCUUGAAACACCUCGCGAGCCACUUGGGCCUCCCCUCGCUUACGAAAUCGAAGCUCCUCGGCCCCGGUCUAGUCAGCUCCGGGGCCGACAUCGGCCUACCGCAAUACACGCUCUGGCAGAGCGCGAGCAUGAUGAACAUCUCCGGUCAAGGGACUCUAAAAGCAUGGAAAGCAUUCACAAACCUGCAUCCUGCCUCGGAAGACGUGGUCACAGCGUUAAUCAUCCUUCAUGACGAACUCGAGUCCUCUCUCGGGGCGAUCAAAUUGCGCCGCGGCGAGUCUUCGCCCAAAGGUCAUAACGGGAUCAAAUCCGUACAGUCGUCGCUCAAGUCUGCUGGUUUGCUGUCUGCCAUGGGUGAGAGGUUUAUCAAGAUUGGAGUCGGCAUCGGGAGACCCGUAUCCCGGGAGAAAGAUGAUGUUAGUGCCUGGGUGCUGGGCCAGUUGACAGCCGCGGAGAAAGCCAAGAUCGAGGGCGCGACCGAGAGUUUGGACGCAGUGCUGAAGAGUGAGAUUGCCAGGUUGGGGAGGUCAUAA